CGUGUUUGACGAUGAAGCGUAGAAGAAGAGCGCUGCUCAGUUCCAGGAAGUCGCCGCACUUGUGAAGUGUUUUCCGCAGCUUGAAGGUUUUCAGUUCUGCACACCUGACAGUCAAAAGCCAUGGCAGAACCCAUCGUGUCUUCCAUUGACGGCAAGCUGGCUGAAGAGUUCACCGCUCCUUCCCACGUGGACGAGGUCCGGGAGAGGAUGACCUCCUUCGCACAGCUCCACGCUAAGGCAGGCCGCCGCGUGGUCCUCAUCACAUCGGGUGGUACAAAAGUCCCGCUGGAGUCGCGCACCGUUCGCUUCUUGGACAAUUUCAGCAGUGGCAGAAGGGGAGCCCAGUCAGCAGAGUACUUCCUCGAUGGCGACUACGCCGUCAUCUUCCUGCACAGGCACCGCUCGCUCUACCCCUACGCCCGCAUGUUCUCCUCUCUCAACAUGCUCGACGCCCUGGAGUUCUCGGAACAGGAACCGGACCGCGUGGUGGUGAACCCACAGGUGCUCCCCAAUGUUGCCAAAGUGCUGAAGAAGUACCGGGAAAUCACGGAGGCAAAAGUCCUGCUCCCCGUCGAGUUCAGCACCCUGUCAGAGUACCUGCAUCUCCUCAAGGCGUCAGCGCAGGCCCUCAGCACUAUAGGAUCCAAGGCCAUGUUCUACUUGGCGGCGGCUGUGUCUGAUUUCUACAUCCCUGCUUGUGACAUGCCGGAGCAUAAAAUCCAGUCUUCCAAUGGACCACUUCAACUAAGCUUGAAGAUGGUGCCCAAAAUCUUGUCCCCACUGGUGAAGGACUGGGCACCGCACGCCUUCGUCAUAUCCUUCAAACUGGAGACAGACGCCGCCAUCCUGCUGGACAAGGCUCGCCUAGCGUUGGACAUGUACAGGCACCAGGUGGUGGUCGCCAACGUGCUGGACUCACGGCGGGCCCACGUGGUAGUGGUGACGCCCACCAGCCAUCACGAGGUGGUCCUCUCCAAGGAGGAUGUCGAAAACCAGGUGGAGAUCGAGGAGAGGAUUGUGACUAAUUUGACAGCGGCACACGAGCGCUUCAUUCAACAACAAGCAGCCUGAUUGUCGUCAUCUGCUUGCUGCACGUUUCGAUUCUUGGCUUUGUACUCGAAGUAGGGAUGGCUAACAAUCAUGUGCAAUUGAAUUUUUGCAACAUUUGUUUCAAGGUGUCUUGCCGCAUUUUAAAUAAUCAUGGAUGUUAUCAUGGCCUAAGGAGCCAAAUAACGGUACUCUAUGCAAACAGCACUUCUGCAUUUUGGGUAAGGAGAACACUAACAUCCCGUCACCAGGGUAACGCAAACCAAUCAUGACAGCAUCAGACUCAUGUCUGCUAAUCCUAACCCUUACAUAGCGUUGCCCUAAAUGACAUUACCUUUUUAAGUGCAACAGUUAUCCUGGUAUUCGCGAAUAAAAACAAAAAAGGAUCAAAA